AUGCAGCCCAAGCUCCUCCUCGCAACCCUCUCGGCCGCUGCCGUUGCCCCGGCCGCCGCUGAGCAGGUCCUCGGCGUCUACAUCUUCCACCGCCACGGAGACCGCACGUCCAAGGCUUGGACUCCCGUCAGCUUGACUCCCCUGGGAGCCCAGCAGGUGGCCAGCUCUGCCGAGUUCUACCGCAACCGCUACAUCACCAGCGACGCCGACCAGCGCAUCUCCAGCAUCAGCGCCAACCAGGCUGUCCUGUCCCAGCUGGCCGUCACAGCCCCGGUUGACAAUGUGCUGCAAAACUCGGCCAACGUCUUUGUCCAGGGCCUGUAUCCCCCGAACCAGACUGCCGGAUCCCAGAAGCUGGCCAAUGGCACCACUGUCGAGGCUCCUUUGGGCGGAUACCAGUAUAUCCCCGUCAACACCAUCAGCUCCGGGGCCAGCUCGUCCAAUUCCGAGUCAAGUGCCUGGCUCCAGGGCAGCAGCGGCUGCAGCGAUGCCGUUGUCAGCUCAAACAGCUACUUCUUGACCCCCGAGUAUCUGAGCACCUUUAACGACACCAAGGAUUUCUACCAGAACCUGUUGCCUGUCAUCAACACCACCUUCAACUCUACUACAGCCACUUUUAAGAAUGGCUACUCAAUCUUUGACUACAUCAACGUCGCCACAAUCCACAACUCCUCCAUCCCCUCGGACAACCUCCUUACCAAAUCUACCCUCAGCAACCUCUACGACCUGGCCUCCACCCACGAGUGGAACCUCGCCUACAACAGCAGCGAGCCCGUCCGCGCCAUUGCUGGCUCUGUCCUCGCCGGCCAGAUCAUGACCGCUCUCCAGCCCAUUGUUGACGGCAAGACGGCCCCUCGCUUCAACAUCCAGUUCGGCGCCUACGGCGCCUUCAUGGCCUUCUUCGGUCUCGCCCAGCUGCCCGCUGCCGACAGUCAAUUCUACGGCAUCUGCAACUACGCCUCCUCCAUGGUCAUCGAGGUUGUCGCCCCCAGCUCUACCCAGACCUCGGCUGACGAUCUCACCGUCCGCUUCCUCUGGUCCAACGGCACUGCUGCCGCCAACGGCCUCAAGGCGUACCCCCUGUUCGGCCAGACGGAGACUACUCUCAGCUGGAACGACUUCAAGACGGGCAUGGACAAGUUCGCCAUUGCCGAUACUCAGGACUGGUGCCAGAUUUGCGGCAACACCGACGGAAGCUGCGCCGCCAACUCGACCGCUUCCAGCACCCCCGAGGCCAAGUCGUCCGACAACAGCAACAUCACCAAGCCCGUCGCCGGUGUCAUUGGCGCCCUCGUCACUUUGGGGGUCAUUCUCGGCCUCGAGGCCCUCGUUAUUCUCCUCGGUGGCCUGCGCCUUGUCAAGAAGUCGACUCUCGCCAAGGCAAACGCUGCCACUGGCGAGGCGGCCGUCAAGGCAUGA